CGACUUGACAUCAAGAGAAAGCUAACUGCUCGAUCUGAUCGAGUAAAGAGUGUGGAUUUGCAUCCUACAGAACCAUGGAUGCUGGCGAGUCUCUACAAUGGCAGUGUGUGUGUUUGGAAUCAUGAAACACAGACUCUUGUGAAGACAUUUGAAGUGUGUGACCUUCCUGUGCGAGCUGCAAAGUUUGUUGCAAGAAAGAAUUGGGUUGUGACAGGCGCGGAUGACAUGCAGAUUAGAGUGUUCAACUACAAUACCCUGGAGAGAGUGCAUAUGUUUGAAGCUCACUCGGACUACAUUCGCUGUAUCGCCGUCCAUCCCACCCAGCCUUUCAUUUUAACUAGCAGUGACGACAUGCUCAUUAAGCUGUGGGACUGGGAUAAAAAGUGGUCUUGCUCCCAAGUGUUUGAAGGACAUACCCAUUAUGUCAUGCAGAUUGUGAUCAACCCCAAAGAUAAUAAUCAGUUUGCCAGUGCUUCUUUGGACAGGACAAUUAAGGUGUGGCAGCUGGGCUCCUCAUCACCAAAUUUCACUCUGGAAGGACACGAGAAAGGGGUGAACUGCAUUGACUACUACAGUGGGGGCGACAAGCCGUACCUCAUUUCAGGGGCCGACGACCGUCUUGUCAAGAUAUGGGACUACCAGAACAAGACGUGUGUGCAGACGCUCGAGGGGCAUGCCCAGAAUGUGUCUUGUGCCAGCUUUCAUCCUGAAUUGCCCAUCAUCAUCACAGGUUCAGAAGAUGGAACCGUGCGUAUUUGGCAUUCAAGCACCUACCGUCUGGAGAGCACGCUGAACUAUGGCAUGGAAAGGGUAUGGUGCGUGGCCAGUCUGCGAGGGUCCAACAACGUGGCCUUGGGCUAUGACGAAGGGAGCAUCAUUGUGAAGCUGGGCCGAGAGGAGCCUGCCAUGUCCAUGGAUGCCAACGGAAAGAUCAUCUGGGCCAAACAUUCGGAAGUCCAGCAGGCCAACCUGAAAGCCAUGGGGGAUGCCGAAAUCAAGGAUGGAGAAAGGUUGCCCCUGGCAGUCAAGGACAUGGGCAGCUGUGAAAUAUACCCUCAGACGAUUCAGCACAACCCCAAUGGACGGUUUGUCGUGGUGUGUGGUGACGGGGAGUACAUCAUCUACACCGCCAUGGCGCUGAGGAACAAGAGCUUUGGGUCGGCCCAGGAAUUUGCCUGGGCGCAUGAUUCUUCAGAAUACGCAAUAAGAGAGAGCAACAGUGUGGUCAAGAUAUUUAAGAACUUUAAGGAAAAGAAAUCGUUUAAACCGGAUUUUGGAGCUGAAAGUAUUUACGGAGGCUUUUUACUGGGAGUCAGAUCUGUAAAUGGGUUAGCCUUCUAUGACUGGGACAACACAGAACUCAUACGCAGGAUUGAAAUUCAGCCCAAACACAUUUUCUGGUCUGACUCUGGAGAGCUGGUCUGCAUUGCCACUGAAGAAUCAUUUUUCAUCCUUAAGUAUCUGCCAGAAAAAGUCUUGGCUGCACAAGAAACACAUGAAGGAGUGACUGAAGACGGCAUUGAAGAUGCCUUUGAAGUUCUUGGCGAGAUUCAGGAAAUUGUGAAAACAGGCCUGUGGGUGGGAGACUGCUUUAUUUACACAAGUUCUGUUAACAGACUGAAUUACUAUGUUGGAGGAGAAAUAGUCACUAUUGCUCACCUGGACAGGACAAUGUAUCUCCUGGGCUACAUUCCUAAAGACAACAGGCUUUAUCUGGGAGAUAAAGAACUGAACAUUGUUAGCUACUCCCUGCUGGUUUCGGUGUUAGAGUACCAGACGGCUGUCAUGCGGAGGGACUUCAGCAUGGCUGACAAAGUCCUGCCUACCAUCCCAAAAGAACAGAGAACCAGAGUGGCACACUUUCUGGAAAAACAAGGCUUCAAGCAGCAAGCUCUUACAGUGUCCACAGACCCUGAGCAUCGCUUUGAGCUUGCUCUUCAGCUGGGAGAGUUAAAAAUUGCCUAUCAGUUGGCGGUGGAAGCAGAGUCAGAACAGAAGUGGAAACAACUUGCUGAGCUUGCCAUUAGCAAAUGUCAGUUUGGCCUGGCCCAGGAGUGCCUGCAUCACGCACAGGAUUAUGGGGGUCUGCUGCUUUUGGCCACUGCCUCCGGAAAUGCGAGUAUGGUGAACAAACUAGCAGAGGGUGCGGAAAAAGACGGCAAGAACAACGUGGCCUUCAUGAGCUACUUCUUACAGGGCAAGCUGGAUGCAUGCCUAGAACUCCUGAUUAGAACCGGACGUCUUCCAGAAGCUGCCUUUCUAGCACGAACUUACCUACCCAGUCAGGUUUCGAGGGUGGUCAAACUCUGGAGAGAGAAUCUCUCAAAAGUCAACCAGAAAGCCGCAGAAUCCCUGGCUGAUCCAACAGAAUAUGAAAACCUCUUCCCCGGCUUAAAAGAGGCCUUCGUGGCCGAAGGAUGGGUGAAGGAGACCCAUGCUGAUAUGUGGCCCGCCAAACAGUACCCCCUGGUCACGCCAAAUGAAGAAAGGAACAUAAUGGAAGAAGCGAAAGGCUUUCAGCCAUCAAGCACCACAGCCCAGCAGCAGGACGUGGAUGGGAAACCUGGCUCCCCUACUCCAGCGAAAGUGGCCUCCCACACAGGCAACAAGGAAAAGAGUUUAAUUGAACUGGAAGUGGAUUUGGAUAAUUUGGAAUUAGACGAUAUUGACACAACAGAUAUCAAUCUGGAUGAAGAUAUUCUGGAUGACUGA